CUACAUCGAAAACCCCACACAAGCAGCUGUUAUUAAUUUUUGCUUUCCCGUUUUUUUCUUCUUCCCGGACAAUUAUUACCAAUUUCCCUUUCCCUCCCUUUUUCUUCUCUCCAAAUAAAACCCCCAAACUCACUCACUCACUCACGCGCACAAUCAAAACAACUUCGCAGUUUCCUUUUCCUCUCUUCACUCAAAUUCUAGUUCAAAAACCACCACCGCCAUGCCUCUCGACCCCGCCGCCGCCACAACCACCGCAUCGCGACCCAUCUCGCCGCUCCCCCAGCCGCAGCAGCAGCACCACCACCAUUACCCUUCCCAGCAACAAACCCUCCCAAUUCUUGCCCCAAACCCCCACUUUGUCUACCCCUUCGCGCCCAAAGGCGUCAGAGCCGCCGAUCACGCCGGCGUCUCCGCCGCGUUCCCGCCGCCGUCCAUGAUGUACAGCGGCGGCGUUCGCGGCGUGCCCUUGGACUAUUUCAGCCACGCCUUGCACGUGGGUCGGCCGCCGACUCACGUGCCGUUCCCUCACGCCGCACCCGCCGCUUCGCCUCCCGUUAAAAAGGCUGCUGCUCGCUCCGCGGUUGCUGAUGUCAAUGGCGGUAAAGAUACGAAUACGAGGGAAAAAAGCAGCGAGGAUACCUUCAUUGUUGUUAGAGAUCGAAAAGUCAGAGUAACGGACGAUGCUUCUCUAUAUGCACUUUGUAGAUCAUGGUUGAGAAAUGGUAUAAAUGAAGAAAGCCAGCCACAGCAGAAAGAUGUAAUUAAGGCUCUUCCUAAACCAUUGCCUGCAUCUAUGGUGGCUAGUUAUCUGUCAAACAAGAAAGAGGAUGAAAAAGAUGAAGAUGAGAAGGAAGAGAAUGAGCAGUCUGUUGAGCACUUGUCACCUCAAGAUCUAUUGAAGAGACAUAUUAAACGUGCCAAAAAUGUUAGAGCACGUUUAAGGGAAGAACGGUUACAACGUAUCACAAGGUACAGAAGUAGGCUUAGGCUUUUGCUUCCUCCAGCCAUUGAACAGUGUAGAAAUGACACAGCUGCUGGGAACUGACCUUGCUGACUAUACAGACAUCAAAGGUUAUUGCAUGACACUAACAUGCUUGUAUUUGAAUCAAUAUUAUAAUUUGUGGUUCAUUGAAAACAUGUUUUUCUUUGUAGCAAUUGUAUAAAACUAACUGGAAAUGGACAUGUAGAUUUUUCAGCAUUUCUCCACAAUUUCUACUUUGGCUGGUCUUUGACCAGGAAAUUGGCAAUUGUUAAGAGGUUGAAUGAAAUAGCUAUGAUUCAGAAAUCA